AUGACCGGGACACGUGUGUGGCGCAAGCAUUUUCACUCGGGAUGGAGUCAGGAGUGGGGUCCUGCGACCAGCAAGGGUGGCGAGGAGGAGGAGGAGGAGGAUGCAGAGCUCACCCUCUCGCACAGCCAUCACGAGCAGAGGCGGUGGGCAGGAGCUGCGAAGACUGCGCGCGAGGCAGGGGCAGAGAUGAGCUGUAGGCACCGCGUGCUGGGGUAUCCCCCACGACCCCAACUGGCAGAAGGGCUCUUCAAGUAUAGCCCAGACAACGUGCCUGGAGCAGACGGAGACAUUGACCCUACCGAAAUCACCUUUCCAGGAUGUUCUUGUCUUACCAGCUCCUGCGUGGUUCACGUGUGCUCGUGCCUUUGCCGUGGUGAAAAUUACAACAGUUUGUGCCUCAGGCCUACAGGCAAAGAGGAGGAGUACGCCAGGCCUGUUUUUGAAUGCAAUGCCCUGUGCCAGUGUGGUGAAUCCUGUCAAAACAGGGUUGUUCAGAGGGGUUUGCAAUUCAGACUCGAGGUAUUCAAGACUGAGAAGAAAGGGUGGGGUCUUCGCACUCUGGAAUUCAUAGCUAAAGGAAGAUUCGUUUGUGAAUAUGCUGGUGAAGUUUUAGGCUUUAAUGAGGCACGUAGAAGAAUUCAGGCCCAGACGUCAAAGGACUCGAACUAUAUUAUAGUGGUGAGGGAGCACCUCCAUAGCGGUCAGGUAAUGGAGACCUUUGUUGACCCAACGUACAUUGGUAACAUAGGCAGAUUCCUGAAUCACUCUUGUGAACCAAAUUUAUUUAUGGUGCCAGUUCGAGUUGACUCAAUGGUGCCUAAACUGGCACUUUUUGCAGCUACUGAUAUUUCUCCUGGAGAGGAACUUUCAUAUGACUAUUCUGGAAGAUUCCAUAAUUUACCAGUAACUAGUAGAGAGCACAAAUCUUCAGAGGAAGAUAACGGAUUAAGAAAACCUUGCUACUGUGGUUCCCCCACAUGUGCGUCCUUCUUACCUUGGGACAGCUCCCUCUUUUCCACAUCGGACACUGGUUCACGGAGCUCUCCAUAGCUUUUCAGCCCCUAAGCAUACCUAGCAAAUACCAUUUUCUCUAGCAGUUAAGUUGCAGUUAAAAAACCCUCUGAUCUUGUAUUCCACCAAGGAAGUACAUGUGGGUUUGAGUAACAGCUAGAAGACAAGAUUUUGAGAAUAACUUCAUGCAACAUCCCAGAGACUGUUUUCAGGGUGGAUGGUGUGAUGUGAGGGAGCACUGGAGCUUCAAGAUGUUCCAAAACCAGUUACUAAGCCAGGCCUGGUGGUUUUUUUCUUGAUUUCUUCUGACAGCUUGCUGUAUGAUAAAGCACCUCUCUCAGUCUGUUCCUUUGAGAAGGAAUGAACUUAAACAUUGGUACACAGAAAGGACAUGUGAUAAUGAGAAAUGUCCCUGAAAAUUACACAGCAGAAGGAGACUAAGGAAUGUUGACAUUUGCAAGAAGGGCAUUAGGUUUCUUAAAUUCCAUUAAAAUAAUUUAUUUUUUUAAAAUUACUUGCUAUAAAUUUUUUGCUCCACAAAACAUAAGUAAUUAUUACUGAUGUAAAAAACAUGCCCACAAAGAUCAGCCUGAAUGCUGUGUGUCCACCCCUGUUUUCCAUUCCGUCACAUCUACCUGCAUGCCAAAAUAUGGUUUUAAGUGACUAGUUCAGCUUCAUUGCCAUUUAGCUUCUGUGUAAAAGGUGCAGUACUGCAGGCUCUGAGAAGUACAAUCAUCCUGUCUUUCUAAAUCGCAUCUAUCGAGGCUCAUCCAGUACGAUCUCUGCAAUAACAGCAAGCAGCAUGUCCAUGUUCCUUUCCAGCACUGUUAUUGCACGCUCAGGAAGCAAAUUCAGACUCUGCAGCCUAAACCAGUAUGAUGCUGCUAUUCUGACUUCUGAAAUGGAUUAAAGUUGGAAACAGAAAAGUACAUCUGAACAACAACAAAUGUGUGGCUUUGUGUUGUGGAGCAGCUGGCAGAUCUGCGAGCAUUCCUUUCAGCUACUAACUGGUUUGUUUUCACUGUUCUUACAGAGCCAAAGUAUUAAGCAAGGCCUGUCCUUUCCCAGCAGAGGGAGGAGGUUGUUGCCUCUUUUCAUCCUUCUUGCACAGCUCUAACAAGCACAUGCUGCCUUACCGAGCGUCUCCGUGCGCCAGGGGUACACGGGAGAGCUUACCAGGUAGAUGGGGCGCGUUCUGCAUCUGCAUGUUACUUCACUUCCUUUCUAGAACGACCAAAUUAAGGAAGCUUCGAACAGGCUUGUUUUGAAUUUCCCCCGACUUUGAUACACAAGACAGAUAAACUUAACAGUGCUGCUUUUUACACUUGUGUCACGGUGCUCCAGCAGCAGCAUAAACCCCUGGGUUAUUUGCUCUCUACAGUUUGAUCUUUUUAACUGUAUUCACAAACUUUGACAAAACAUACGCAUACAAGGUAGCGCAUCUCGGGGGGAUCUGCUGUUCUGCAGGCCAUCAGCAACUUUUUGGUUUUUUUAAUAAAAAAAGACAGCUUUG